AUGGACGCCACGAAAGAAGACGAAAAAGCCAAAGAGCUAAAUUCAUUGUUCGAGUCUAUUGGGCAGCAAUGGCAAGACGCGUAUGAGGGACUGGAGAGAAAUAGGGCCAAGUACACUUGUCAUUUUGAUCAUAUAUCGGAAGUUUUGAGAAAAGUUAAUCCGGAAAUUCAAAUCACGCUUCGUCCUUAUGGAAGCGCCGCUGAAGGUUUAAAGUGUCUGGAACCCAACGAUAUUGGCGAUGUGGACAUCAUGGCCUUUCCGACGUCUGAGGACCUCAUAAUUCCCGAGAAUUGUCUCGAAUAUUCCCCCGACAAUCCACUGCAUGUGAGAAUCAAAGUUGGCGACCGUCCCGUAUUUCAAUCCUGUCUUUAUGAUGGUACACAGUACUUAGCCACCUCUGCCAUUAAAAAGUUCCAUAAAGAUAUUUAUGGGAGUUCACUACCUGAUUUAGUUGAACGUUUGACAUGCACAUUUUCCGCACUGCCUCUUGGGAAGCUUUCGCCCGUGGAACAUGUCAACACCUACCUAAAGAACAAGACCUCGAGUCCAGCUGUCACUAUCGAUUUUUCUAAGAGGCUUGGCACUAUUUUCAACGGCCAGACAACCCUCGAUACCCAAGAUUAUUUGUCUCCGGAAGGGUCUCUGAAGGCAGCUGACUGGGAUUUGACUGACUGGGAUUUGAUGGCUCAUGUAAUCUGCAUGGGGAGAGGAAUCGAGUACACAAGGAAACACGCCGAAGUAGUGAGCGACUUUGUGCAAUUUCUGAGUGAUUUGAUAAAAGAACAGCAAAAGAAUGGUCUGUCCUUUUCAUCUGUUUUUCAAGAGCUUUAUUUGAGCAGUAGAGCGGAAGGGCUUGCGAAUAGAUUUCGAGAGAUUGAAGCUCCCUCGCUAGUUGAGAAGAUAGGGAUCUUCUUGCAAGUGCCUGCAGAAGAAAGAAAAGAGGAACAAUUUGUUUCUCCAGAACAAAAACAAGACAGUGUGUGCGAAACCUCAAGUGCCAUGCUUCAUACGAAAUACGAGGGUGGACGCUCAAAUGGAGACGUCUCUUCUACAUCGAGCCAUUCCACAUCGGUUAACGUUAUACCUGCGCAAGAAGCCGAAAGGAAAGAUGAAGACAGAAUUGGAGACAAUCGUAAUGAAGAGCGCAGUGAGGCGGAGGAAACUCAUGCACCAAAGAAAAAAAAGACCUCUGAGGCAGAAACUAAGACGACCGAGUCUCUAAGAAAACUGUAUAAUGACUGUAUUCAACAGUUGUUGUUAGCAGAGACGGAUGAAACGACAGGAAAUGCCCCACACGGGACGGAACCAUCCAACAACGUUACAAGAACGAAUUCCUAUCAUCAGGCAUUCGGAAUAGAUUUUGUUCCCGCCUUGCGAUCUCAUGGAUGGCCGAAGGUAGCUCAAGAUUGGCUCAAACAAGAGCGCAAAUGGCCUUCCCCAAAAAUGGUCGAAAGGGUUUUUCAGGAAGGAGUCCAUUUGGUGGUAAAGCCGCCAAAGAAAAAUGGAAAUCCUGAUUGCGACUUUAGAAUCUCGUUUUCUCACGCAGAGUACCUCCUGAGUCAAGACAUGAACGACAUCCAACGAGAGUGCUACCGAUGUUUAAAGAAAUUUUACCGUGCUUAUCUUUCCAAUGCGGAAGGUUUGGAGUCAUUCCACCUCAAGAACCUCUUUUUACAAACAAUAGAGGAGACUGGGGCCGAGAUGUGGACCGAGAGAAGACGGGCCGAGUCUAUGACGAAACUACUCGGGAAGCUGUUGAAAGCUUUGAAAGACAAGGAUUUGCGACAUUUCUUCGUGAGAUCGUACAACCUGUUUGGAGUAGACUACAUUGAAGACCCAAAGAUUCUCGAGUCCCUCGCCGAGAUGGUUGAGAAGAUUAUGGAAAAUCCCGAGGAACUGGCAGCGGAAAUAAUAAAGAAUGGAGAAGAAGAGCUGAAGAAAGCGUGCAGUUCACUAGAGAAAAACCAUGGACAGUUUGGUGAUGCCGCUGUGGAACAUCCACCCAAAAGCAACAAUCACACCGAGGGGAAGGAAGCUACUGAUGAUGCAAGUGAAGGAUAUCGAUAUCACGACCUGAAAGAUAUCUACCUGAAGAUCAGCGAUGAGAUGAUAAACAUCGCUUACAGCGAUACGGACUGCAAUGUUGAAACCUUAGCACCCCUGGAGAGAUCCGUCGUGGAACGCUUGAAAGAAGUCAGGCAGAGUUACCCCAAUAUCGAUGCUCAAGACGUUCUCAACAUAUUCGACUUCUUUUGGAACUUGACCUAUUUCAAAGUUUGGAUGGGCUCGGAGCCUGACUUGAGGCGUCGUAUGCUUGAUGCAAUUCGUGAUGAUGUUGAAAGCUGGAGGGGCACGAUGGAGGCCAAGGAAGACUUCCCUUCAUCAGGGGAUAUGGCAGCUCCACCAGCCAUGAUGCAAUUUGCCAAUUUCCUGGACUGUAGGAAUGUUUUGCCAGCUGGAGCAGUGACACAGUGCUUUCGUAAAUUUCAUUCCAAUAUCCUCAGACAAAUUAGGCAACAAGUGAUUAAUAUAGAUGAGCUUUCAUUGGACUAA